ACAGGAGAUCACAAAGGUUCUUUCACCAUCAUCACCAUGAACCAAGUCUUUGCCGUUUUCCUUUGCGCAGCCGUCUUGCUUGUGACAGGCAUUCAAGGCAUCCCGACUUCUGGGAAGGGACGCUGCAUAUGCCCAUCCAUGGGUUCUAAUUUUGUCCCCAGGAAACCUUUGGGGAAAGUGGAAGUGUACGCUGCGAAUGCUUCCUGCGAUCGCGUGGAAAUCAUCGUCACGCUGAAGACCACCGGAGAGCAACAGUGCCUGAACCCGGAUUCGAAGGCCGUGCAAGCCAUGUUGGCAAGGAUCGCGCAAAACAGGGCUUCCGGAAAUGCCAUGAGGAGAGGAAAAGGAGCGGCCGGUAGGAGUUCCCCGCAGUAGAGCAAUGGACGGGGCGUGAUUUUGGUCGCCAGCAGGAUUUCUGAAGAAGCAAGGGUGAAGAUGAUGAAGAGGAAUCCAGUGGACGUCUCUUGCUAGUAUGGUGGUCUUUUUAAAACCACAGUUGCAGCGCUGGCACCUGGGCUUGCAUUGAUCUAGCAGUUACUUUACUGAACGGGUAACAUCUGCUUGUUCUUGACAGCUCUGCUGGUACAGUGACUAAGAGACUAGGUGUCAGCCAGAAAGUCCUUAUGGGGUGGGCUUGCACAUCUCUCUGUCACAGAAUCUGACAUUUGGAGACGACAGUCCUGUCUUCCCAGGUGUAUUACUGGCAUUAGCGAUAUAUCACAGGUCGAAGCCCUCUUUGACAAUCUAAAGCACUCUGGUCAAUUUGUACGGAAGGGAGUUUAAGGCAGUAUCUGUCGCCCCCUGCAGGCCAUAUGUGUUUACAGUAUUCCUCUGACACACACACACACCCCAAUUGAUUCUAUUGACUCUAUAGAUUCUUAAAAUACCUGUUAAAAGAAAUGAAUUUAGGAAGCAGUGUUUUAAGAUGUGUACUGUUCCAUCUCGUGGGCAUUCAGUUCUCUGUUGUACAUACUGCUACAAGUGUCGUGUAACCCAGAUCUGUAGUUUUUCCUCUUUGGGACUUUUCUUUAAAAAUAAUCAGAAUGUUUGUAGUGUAGAGCUCGCAAUGGAUUGAAAAGGUACCGACAGCUAACUUUUCUUAUUAUAAAAUGCACAAUGUACAUAGUUUAAAAAAACAUGGUCUGAUGCUCUGUUUGUAGAAAUACGAGGGAUUUUUUG